AUGUCGUUUUUUACGCGAUCGCUGCAGGACCUGCCGAGUAUAACGGCAAACGAUGUACAUCGGAUCAUCCAGACCACAUCGAAGACACCAACAUCAAAAAAGGACAAAGGUUUUAAAUUGUAUGUGUCCAGUUAUAUAAACAACUACGAAGUUUCAAACAAGGAGUCAGGAGAGGUCACGGUUAGGUCUGAGUGCUUCAGAUCUAUGAGGAAAAGCCAGAAGCCUCACUGUCUGAGUGUAAGGGAAAGUCAUCCUGCAGGUUCAGUUCAGGUUCAGAAGAAACAGGUACAGCCUUGUGCAGUCAUGUGGCAGCUCUACUGUACCAGACGGCGACUACUCCCAGCUGAGGCUUAUAUCAGUUCCCCAGUGUUCAGCUGCACAGAAACUGAACAAAAGUGGCACAAACCAAGGACCAUGGGUAUUAAACCUGGUCCAGUUAAUGACAUGGUCAUUGUAUCAGCCAGACCAAAAGAAAGGAGACUUGCAGAAGGAAUCAGAAGCAACUUGUAUAAAGGAGUUAUCUGCCCUCUGCCAGACAUCUCCACUCUGAAAGUUCAGGAGGCGUACCAUGGACUUAGUGCAGACGAAGCUCCCAUGAUCACAGCAAUGGCCAUUUCGAGUGAUGUACCUCUGAUUGAGUCCAUGUUCGGUCCGGUGCAGGAGGGAAGUGUGCUUUCCUAUCAGCUACCAGUAAUGGCAGUCCCCAGUACCCGUCCACACACAGGUGCCCCUUCUCCCCCACAGCUGCCACUCUCGGAUUACAGACUGGGACCCCCUACCUGUGCAUUUGUGUUUUCUGAACAUCAGCACCAUCAUCUGGCAUCCCUUGCGACAUCUUUUGAGACGGCACACAAAGUUGAAAAAGCACGCGAGAGCAGAGUUCCUGCGCUGAGUGGCACCAACUAA